GAACCAAAAUCGGACACCAUCAUCAAGCACCACUAUUAAACGCCGCCAGAAUGGUUUGGUCACAUCAACGGACACUUUUGACUUCAAGAAAAAUCAAGCACCAGUUUGUGUCCCAUAGAGACCCACAUCAAGAACUUCCCCUAGUUAAAUUACCAAUUCACUGACAAAUUCAACAGUGCAGUUAUCAUGCCAAGCCAAGGAGAAACUGCGAAGUUGAAUCCAAAGCAGCAUGAAAGCCAUGCGGGACAACAAGUCAGGUAUCGGCAGCUCGCAUGGCAGAACAUUGAUCAGAUAUCAGCAAAACGCCCACGGUUGAUUGUCAAGAACCCGCUUCCUGGAUUUGGAAUGGAAGGAAAUCUACGCCCUGGACGACCGUCUCCCAAUUACCCUGUCGUCGCCAUUGUGUCGUUUUCCCGUAAAGUCCAAGUUCAAUCCUCUAUGGUGUUGCGGAGCGAAGGUGAGUAGGAAGAAGGAAGUGCCCCAUCGCGGCUGCUCUAGCGGUUCUGACCCCCGUGAGGCAAAAUUGGGAUUGGGGCGAUGGCGGUGUUGACGAGGCGGGAGAGGCAAAAUUGAGAUUGGAUCGAGAAGCACUCCCAGCCGCGAGGAAUCCCUAGAUCGAGGGUGCAGCGGAAGAUAGUUCUAACGGCAGCGGUGACAACAACAGUUGGAAACGGAGAUGACUUCCAGGAGCACUCGCUGACGGCGAAGAUUGUUAGGGAUUGAGAAUUUUGUGGGGUAAAAACGUUAAAUUAUCAAGUUAGGGUGACAAAUUUGAAAAAAACCUAGGGCGUUAAUUAGUACCUCUCUAAAAAAAGGGGGAAUAAUUGAAGAAUUGGACUUGGACCAGAUUUUGGAAUAAAAGGAGGGCCCGGUUUCCUUGAGAGAGGGGGAAUUAAUUGGACAAGAAUUGGGCGUAGCAGCUAGUCAGCAACAUUGAGCAUAGGACGGAGCAGAUCCAAUCCGGUGGAUUUUUUACGAUUCGGCCUGUAAUGGGGCGGAUAAAAUCCGAACCGCGCUUGGACGGAGCAGAUCUCGUCCAAUCCGCUGUUAUUACCAGCGACGGAUCCAGAAUAGGGUAGAGUACUGGGCCACAUUAGAAAAGAGGCGGAGAGGACUGGGCCGUAACCCGACAAACACUGAAAAAAUACCGAAAAUAAAAAAUUUAUAAAGCUAUAAUAGCUUUGGAUUCAGGGGAGGGCUGGGCCGUGGCCCGGGGGCGGCCCCCUAGAUCCGCCGCUGGUUAGAACAUAGCGGUUAUGGAUUCUGCCUUCUGCUCCGCCCCGCUCUAAUAUGCUCUGCUAUGUUGUCUAAUACCCUACGAAGCUAAAGAGAGAGACAUGCAGUAGCUACCUAUCCAUUUCCUAGAGAGACCCAAAUUCGAAGACCCUGCAUGCCAUCAUCUAUGCCUUUAUCAAAAUCAUUCCUCCUCUCCAAAUUUCCAAUCCACAUUAAUUUUUUCCAGUUCCCAAACCCAAUCCCAAUUAAAUAUCCCUAUUUAAUUCCAUCACUACAAUCAAUAAAAGCAUUCUCCACAAACACAAUCCUGGACUAUUAUUUUAUCUCUUCAUUUCUCGUUCAUAGCACUCUUAUCCUUGUUAGAACAUCAUGAUGUUCAUUGGACUCUCCCGCCUAUCGCGAGCAGGGGAGCAACAGUAAUUGUCGACCACUCAGAUCCUCCAUCAUCAUCAUUUGUGUCCCACCUUCUCCGUCAACAUAUCUGCAGGAGUCACACCUCUGCGUUGCCGCGUUAAACUCGUCAUCGACAUUAUUUUGCUCACCAGCCACCGUCAUCACCAGGCAAAAAUCGCCACUAUAGCCUUCAUCGUAAACUUUUGUUCGCCUUGCCGCUCAGCCUUCCUCAUAUCUAUCUUGCCGUCGACCUCUCAGCUUCCUCAGUCUCUCCUUCGCAGAUAAGAGUCUCUGAUCCUCCCUUCUAAUUUCUAAGGAUGGAGCAGGGCGGAUUUUAUCCGCCCCAUGCCGGAUAAUGUUUGGGGCAAAAAUUGGCAACCCAGAACAGGAUGCGGGGCAUAUCAUAUCAAGAAUUCGAGGAUAGAUCAAGGCGCAGAUUUAGCACUAUCCGCCUUGUUAAUGCCCCGUUGCAAUUCCUAGUUGAGCGGGGAGCAAGAGUCUAGCUGUCCUCAAAACCCUUCGUUCGUUCGGGUGCUAAUUUGGGAUUAAUUUGCAGGCGAUCAUCACGUUCAGGGUUAGAGAAACAGGUUACUUCAUUGGUAACUGUUUUUCCCUAUUUCUUGAGUUCCAAGAUGUUAAACCUAGAAUUAUUUGUUAGUUUGUUCUCCAUGAUUAUGAACUAAACCCUAAUUUCUGGGGAAGAAUGUAUGAUGUAGCUAUCGGAUUUCUAUUAAUUAAUUUGGAUUAUUUGU